UUGUGAUGUUUUGUUUUCACGCAUAAAAUCAUUACAUCUACAUGCAAGUCCCACAUUGAUGCACUUAUUUGAGGAGAACUCCCACCCACGAGAAGUCUUUCAGAAUCUAGAAGAUCUACUCGUAUGGAGACGUGACAGUUUAAAGAACGUAGUGCCGUCCUCCGUAUCUUUCCCAAAUUUGACGUCUCUAAGUGUGUCAAGAUGUCAUGGAAUGAUCAACUUAUUUAGUUUCUCUGUAGCCAGAAGUCUAGAAAGACUUCAAAAAAUAAGCAUAGAUGAAUGCCAAAUGAUGACUGAAAUAGUUUCAAAUGAUGGAGGUCCUGCUGGUGCGGAGUCGCUUGAAAUUAUUUUCAAUCAAUUAGAAGUUAUGGAACUUUAUAGAUUACCAAGCCUCUCUAGCUUUUAUUCUGGGAUUUCUAGCAUGAGAUUUCCUAGAUUGAGAAAAGUGGUUGUGGUAGAGUGCCCUAAUAUGCAGAAUUUCUGUUGUAUGGCAUCGAUGUCACUUGUGGGAGAACUUCCAUUGAUGCAACCGUUGGAGAGCUCUCAUUCAUGCAUAGCUUUCCACGGUUUGGAGAUUCUAUUUGUACGGAGAUGUGACAGCUUAACAAACUUGAUACCAUUUUCCAUGUGUUUUCAAAAUGUGACAAUUCUGAGAAUAGCAGCAUGCAAUGGGAUGGUAAGUUUGUUGAGUUGUUCAACAGCGAGAUAUUUGUCGCGACUGCAGACAUUGAGCAUAAUUAAAUGCCAAAGAAUGCAGGAAGUAAUUUCAAGUGAAUGGUGUGACAGUGAUACAGGGGAAAUUGUUUUUGAACAAUUGGAAACUUUGGCACUUCAUAAGUUACCGAGACUCUCUAGCUUCCAUUCGGGUAAAUUUACUGUAAGAUUUCCAAAAUUGAAAACAGUUGUUGUGAUGCAGUGCCCUGAGGUGAAGAGUCUCCGUAAUGUGGCAUCCCCAACAAUAGGAGAUGAAAUCCCGUUGACUCACUCAUUUGAGAACUUCCACCUAUGCGAAGUCUUCCAAAAGUUGGAGACUUUGGAUGUAGGGAUGUGUGCGAAAUUGAUGAUAUUAGCACCGCCUUCCAUUUCGUUCUCAAAUUUGACGAGGCUAAGAGUGUCGAUAUGCAGCGGAAUGGUGUAUUUGUUGAGUUUCUCAACUGCUAGAAGUUUGGCACGACUGAAAAGUAUGAGCAUAAGCGAGUGCCAAAUGAUGACUCAAGUAAUUGCAAAUGAGGGAGAUGAUCUUGAUGGGGCAUGUGAAAUUACGUUCAAACAAUUGGAAAUGUUGGAACUGCAUAGCUUACCAAGCCUCACUAGCUUCCAUUUGGGUGAUUGUGUAAUGGGAUUUCCGAAGUUAAAAAGAUUGAUUGUAACUCAAUGCCCCGAGUUGAAGAGUUUCUCUUGUGGGGCCAUCGUCCCUAAGCUCGACAAAAUAAUCACAAGAAUAAAUGACCGGUAUAUUCGGGCUCAGAACUUUUGGAAUAUAAAAGGUUAUUUUGAGGACUUGGAGCAAGCUAGGCCUAUACAAGAGUUGUGGAAGGAUGAUUUUCAUUCCAGCAUGCAAGAACUCUGGGAGAUCAACCUAGGCAUAGCAAUUCAGCAAUUGUUCAGAGAAGAAGAUCCAAAAUUAGAAGACCCUGGAGAAGAUCCCGACAAUGACUUUGAAGAAGAAGAGGGCUUUGACAACUUUUCUGUCUUCUGAAGAGGACCUUCAUGAAUAUGCCAAAUCGACCGAAAGAGGACUACAACGAUUUUGGACAGAAUUCAAAACAGGAUCUUCAAAAACUCUCUGAACAGUUUUAAAGCGUUGCAAAGCAGAUGUUGGAGAAGAGUCCAUAUUUGAACAACAUAAGGACAAAAAGCAAGCUGACGGUUAAAGUUCAUGAUCAGAUUGCAUUGCUGCCGAUAGGAUUGGGACUAUUAAUCCCAGUCUCAUGUUUGGUACCAAACAUUGACCGGACAAUUUAUCCAUUGACAAGAAAAUAGUCUCCAAAAUCUGUGGGACCAAUAAUCCUCCCAAAAAUGGUGGGAUUAUUAGUCAAGGGGUGUUCUUUUCCGAGCCAAAGUCUUGAGUGUUUCUUCCUUUCAGAUCUGCUUGCCGUUGAGAAGCCACCAACACCGACAAAGUUUGCCGGAGGUCAUCGUCGCAUCACCGUGCCGACAUUUUCACCAGUAUCAAAGGUGGAUGGUGAAGAUCAGAGCAAUUAUAUGAGCGCUCAUGGGUAUGUAAUUUAUGUGUAAAAGGUGGACUCCAGUGCCAAAGAGGCUCCCGUACUAUGACAGGUUCGGGGGAAAGCUCAAUCUCAUAUGUACACGGCCUUACUCCCCCGAAGGAAAUGCCGUUUCCGGGAUUCGAACCCUGGACCCCGGGUGCAAACACAAUCGAAAGGGUAAGAUGUAGCCAUGGAGAAUAUUGGGGCGGAUGCGAGCUAUGCGUGAUAAGAAAACGGGAGAAACGAUCAUGGGAUAAAAGUGUUUAAUG